UAAAAUAUAUAAUAAUUGUGAUACCUACACUCAGUUUAUUAAGUAUAAAAAAUACAGAAAGGAAAUAACAUAUAAACAUGCGUCUUUACACUUUCGUGUUUGCGGUGUUUUGUGUUUUUGCAGGUUUAGCAGAAAUUCCUAACUCCUACAGCGCUUUGCAGUCUUUCAGUGAUGUAAGAAUUCCGGUGUUUCAAACGUUAACCCAGUAUGACUUUGAUAAACUUGUUGUAGGUGCAAGUUUAAAAGAAGCAUAUAUCUUGCUGCCCAACCCACCACCGUUUGCUGUCUCCAAAAAUUACAACUGUAGGGUUACCGCGACCAAAGGCAACUACCAGCGAGUUUGCACAGGAAUUGAUCCAAUCUGCGAGAUGUGCGUGGAAUAUAGCUUCCCAUUAACUCUAGAGGCUGACGGAAACAGGAUCUCAUUUUCAUACACAGAUCCGAAUGGACAAACGGUAUAUGAUUACUACUGGUCUCCUUACCCAAGUAAAUAUAUUCUGAGAUUACAAUGUCCAAGUAACAGCCUUCGAAAAAAUAAUAAAUGUGCACGGACAGGGACCAGGAUAACCGUUUUUCUGUUGGGAUAUGUUAAUCAAAGUAAUGCUCCAUGGAAAGAUAUUGCCAAAGAAAUCUUCAGAGCAACCGGUGUCGAGUCUGGAAUGGUAGUUGGCAUGAAUUGGUAUUACACAGAAAAUACCGGAACUCCAUGUAAUAUUUGUAGCGGAUGAGGAGACGUUAAAUAAGCGAAAAAAAGAAUAAAGUAGACGUUAAAAUCCUAAUAACAUAACAGUCAAAUACAGAAAUUAUUAUUUUUUACUUAGUUCCGCCCAUUGUUUUCUCGUUCAGGGCACACGCAUUUUUUACUUGGGGACCAUAAACAGCUUUUCAUGGAAUGGCUCUUACUUGUCACAUUGAAGGUUCCGUGAUAACCGCCAUAUGAACACAUCUGCGGAUGUUUCAAAAUUCGAAAUUGUACCAGUUAAUGUUAAAUGUUGAAUUCUGCUUAGGCCGGUGCUAGGGGCGUGGACGGUAGUUUACAUUUGACAGUACCGUCCAUUAAAAGGCUCAGUCAAACCGAGCCUGCAACAUUUUCAAUUUUGCCGUGUUGGACUUUCUUUAGAGAUUUUUAUUUUCUCUAUUUAAUAUGAUUUAGCAAUUUUAAUUGACAGUUAUUGUAAGUGCAAAUACCGCCUAAGUUAAGCAUUUAAACAUGAAAAUGAUAAUAUAUUUAAAUAAGAAUCAUUUGCAGACAUUAAACUAUUUUGGUAUUGAAACGUCUUGUUGUUCUUUCCCCCCAUGUCAUUUUAUAUACACUAUAUGUGAUCGUACCCGCUCAUUUUUAUCUCACUAUUACGGGGGUAGGCUGGGAAAUUGGAGACCGCUCUUCGACAAAAUAGAUAAAUACAGAAUCCCUAAAGAAAGCACAA